GGAGAUUAGGAUUGACAUAUAUACACUAAUAUGUAUAAAAUAGAUAACUAAUAAGAACCUGCUGUAUAAAGAAAUAAAAUUUAAAAAAAUAAAGGUUAUACUCUAUAGUUAUUAUAAAAAAAAAAAAAAGAGAGGAACUUUGGAGGUUGAGGGAUCCCAUCUAUACCCUCUCCGAUGAGUCCUCCGGCAGCUUCCAGUUGAAUAUGUCCAGUGAUGGAAAGCUCACUCUCUAAAGAAGUUAUCCAUUCCAUUGAGUUGCUCAAAGGUUCCUUCCUGUACUGAGCUUAUAUCUGCCUCCUGUGAUUUCCAGCCAUGGGUCUUGCCCUGUCGUCUGUAGCAACCCACAGUAUGUACCCUCUGCAUCCACCCUGCCAAGUCCUUCUGAAGCAUGGAGUCCACGUGUGAACCCCAGGUUAUUGGCCAGACAUUUAGUACCUUCCACCUGGAUUGUUUGUUUGUCCAGUCACUUCUUUUCCCUAAACCCCUGCCCACCACUGCCCACAGCAGCUUCCUAAAGCCGGUCUUACCUACUGCUCAAUUGUUUGACACAGCAGGCUCAGGCUUCCCUGCCUGACCUAGUCAGAGUCCUUGGAAAUAGGAGCCAAUCUGUUUCCUUACCUUAUUUAUAGGACUUUGUGUUUUUCCCAGCAUAAUGUGGGAUUUUAAAGACAAGGAAUACCUCUGUUGAGGUUGUCGAGAUGGAAUUUUGUGCUUGCACUUUUAUUUGGUGGCAGGAUUAAGUGUAAAAAGUGGCCUCUGAUUCAGUAGUUUCUGAGGUGAGUGAAAGAGGAGGAAAAUGAGGUUAGAUGAUUUAUUAUUUCAAACUAUUUAUUAUAAAUUCAGCCUCUUUGAAGACCCAGCAAUACUGUAUUAUGUAUCUGGGCCUGUCCUCAUCAGCUAACCGAUGGGAGAAAAACGUACUCAGCUGAUGGCCCUCAUUCAGGCCAGUUCCAUACAUGAGGAAACUCUUCCCAGACAGCAUGCCAAAGCAUUUUCCAAGAAUUUGCAUUCCAUCAAAUAUGACUGGAGCCAAGUAAGAAAGCAUGUUCUUCAAGAAUUUGGUCACCUAGGUCAUGAACAUAUUUUCAGAUACAAAGUGUGAUUCAUUUUGUUCUUACCCGUUACCCAUGUCACUUUUUUUCAGUCAAUAAUUUUGGGAAUGAUUUCAGACAUUUUAAUGAACAAGUGUUUUAUUAAUUACUUAUAAUAGUUGAUUUCACAUCUAUCUGUCUCCAUCAGACUGUGAGCUCCAUGAGGACAGGGCCUGUGCCUGUCUGGCUCACCAGUGUAUUUCUAGUGCUGGCAGAUAAUAGGUGCUCAAUAAAAUCUGUUGACUCACUGGCUUUAUUAAAGCUGGUCCUGUUUUUAAAAUUGAUUGAUUGAUUUCAAAUGUAAAUUGUCUUUUUGGCCUAAUUUCAAGAUUUCCCAUAUGCGAUUUUAGCUAAAAGUGUAUUUUGUAGACUUUGUGGAGUGGUUUCAUAUUCAGAUUUCUUGGGCAUCUAUGAUUCUCUGUCCCUUCCUUGGUUCCCACCUCCUGAACUUCAGCCCUAUGUGCUUCUAGAAGAAUAUGAAAAUCAAGGGCAAUGUCAUGUCCCUUGAACUUAAUUCUAACACCAAAUUCCAGAAAGUCACAGAAAGUCAAACUGUGUUUUUUAUAUGUCCUGAGUAUAGGCAACAUCAUGUGUUCCCUUCAUGGUUCUUGUAGCUGGGGGAGAGGUUCUCUUCUACACGCUUUAGAGUGACUCCUUUGAGCAGGGAGGUGGUGCUGAAUUCUUCCCACUGAGAUGCAUCCUCAUCCUCUCCUCAGCCUUAUGGGACAGAAAAGGGAGGCAGUGAUUCCGUCCUCUUACUGAAAGAUGUCCAUUCGUUUGCUUUUCAUUCAAAAUGUGCUGAACAGGUUCUAGGGCUACAGAAAUGAAAGAAGCAGAAUGUGUAUUCAAAGAUCUCACCAUAGAGACAACACCAAGAGGGGAAAGACAGACCAAUAAAUCAUCAGAUCCCCAAAUUAAAAUCACGGCAAGCAUCAUCCCAUGUGAGCAAGUUAUUGAACAUCUCUAAACCUCAUUUGAAAAGUGAGAAAAACCACAGUACUUUCCUCAUAAAAUUGUUUGAGAAUUAAAUGGGACAAUUUGUGUUUAGCACAGUGCCGCAAAAUAAUUAUGCCUGAGUAAGCCACGUCUGCCACCUGGUGGCAACAUUAGGUAAGUGCAGAUUUUGUUCCUUCAAGAAGCUGAAAAAUUGUUCAGAUUGGGUCAGCAAAUCCAACAGAAGGCAGGCAAACAUUACGGCACUUCUGACUCCCUGCCUGCCUUUCUUAAUGGACCAGCUCUGAGAAAAAUGUCUAUGCUGAUGGCAGAGUCCUUUAAAAAGUUGGUUCUUAAAAAGAGUUGGUUCAUGAAUUAUUUCUUGGUCAGAUGAACUUUGAACCUAUAUUGCAUCAACCAUUUUUUUGAGGUUCCCUAUUUUUCUUAGGAUUUUAAAGGAUGCUGCUUUGAAUUGGCAGUUCUAUCCCUGUCUCUCUCUCUCCCUCCCUCCCUCCCCCUCUUUUUAAUAUAUGGUACCUUCUGUCAGCAACAGAUACAGGUCUUGUGGUCCCGAAGUUCGUACAGUUUUAAAGUCCUCUUGAAGGAAAAGGAUACAAAUAAAAAUUGGGCACAGAAGCUAACCUUUACUUGCAUGAGAAAAGACGGGACUUUGGAAGACGUCUGUUUCAGAACCUGGCUUCUUCACAUGGUAGUUUCAAGUCCAUAUGCCGAGAGGGUGAGAGCAGAUGCUGUAAGGAUUCUUGAGGUCUAGUUUCAAAAGCCACACGAUUCCACCUCCAACAUAUUCCAUCAAGGUAAGUCACACAGCCAUCCCCAUUCAAGCCGUGGGGAAAUAGACCCCGCCUUUUGAUGGGCAAAGUGGCAAAGUCAUAUUGCAAAAUGGUGGGGGGAAAAGGGAUGGGAAGGGAUGUGGCCAUCUUUGCUAACAAAACAACCACACCAAGGCAAGAGUGAGGAUAGAGAAUAAAAAUACUUUCAGACAUAAAAUUUCUCAAAAACGUAUGUUUUCUCAGGAAGCUACUGGGCUAUGUAUUGACAAAAAUUGAGAGAGUAAACCAAAAAACAAUAUGACAUGUGACCUGGGAACCAGGGGUUCCCACACAAGAGAGAUGACAAGGAAAUUUCAAGUAGGAUAGGGCUGAGAGAGCCACAUUCCAAAUCAGAGCAGGAGGUUGGAGGACUGCCAGAGGAAUGCUUCUGGGAGGGAUGUCUGAGGGGGAAAAUAUAGCAUUGAGAAAUUAUUUGACAUUAUUAAAAGAGGAGUUUUCAGAGCUGUUGCAGGAUAUGAAAUCUAACCAGCUGCUCAAGAAAAAAAUAAGCAACUGAAAAAAAAAUUGAGGCAAAUAUUAACUUCAGAAAAAACCAAAAAGUUGUACUAGAAAGGCCAUGUAAUCAUGUGCACUACUUGACAUAAAAGUGAACAAUAGUAACAUAAUCAUGGGGAAGUGGUCUGUAAUUUUAGCAGGUAAGAAAGUCAGUGUAUUCUCUAAAAUUCCUUGAUCAAAGUAGAGCAGUGUCCUUAUUAUUUAGAAGUGAGUGCCUCUGGGAAGUGGGGUGGGAUGUGGGUGGCGACUGUGAAACAGGGGCUGAUAGUUUUUGUUAUAACUUUUUGUUACUCUUAACCUUUUAAACUAAGAGAAAGCAUUACAUUACUAAAACAGAAUGAUUUCAAAAAAUACAUUGAGAAAAAAAUUGGCUGUUAAUCAGAGGAAAAAUUUAUUGCUAGGAGCAGUUUCAAGGGAGUUGUCAGGGCAGAAAUCCUCAAAAGAAUUGAGGAUGACCUAUAUGAUUAAAUUUUUAAAAGGUUUCGUUUUAGGUGCCAGUCGCUAUUUGAAGUUUUAAAACUAAAAUUGAGUAAGACAAAUUCCAAUCCUAAAAGUCUUAUGGUUUGGUAGAGUAGGCAUAUGGGUAAGCAAGUAUUUUCAGUGCAACAUGAAAAGAACUACCAUAGAGACAUGUAGAAAGUAAUCUGAGACCACAGAGGAAAGAGAGACCGUUCUUGUCUGCGGUGAAGCUGGAGAUGGCUCUCUAGAAGAGCUGAUCUUAGAAAUGUGCAUUGGAGGAUAAAUGGAUUCAGCUGGCCAACUAGAUAGGUAUCAAUAAAAGCAUUUCAGGUUGAGAAGCUCACCAUGAAAAAUCUCAGCAUGUCUAGGAAGGGGUAACAAGUUCAACGUGGCCAGGAUGUGAAGUGGGGACUGACCAGAGGUGAGCCUGGAGCCUAAGAGUGGGGCAGAUCUUAGAUGGUCUUGUGGGUGAUGCGAAGGGGUUUGGCAUGUAAGGAUUUUACCCUAAGAUAUGACACAUCUAAUGCACAUUUAAGAAUGAUCACUGGUUCUGGGGAAACCAGUAGAAGAUCAAAUGCAGGUUGCAAGACUGGGGAAGAGAGGCUCAUUAGAAGCCUAGCGUAGGAAGUGAGGGCUAGACAGGGGGAGAGUUGAGAAAUAUUUCAAAAGCUGAUUCAGUGACAGGUCAUAGUGACCAACAGCAAGAUCCAGGACGCAAGCUGACUCUGAUGUUCACUCAUUCAUCAGACAUUUAUUGUGUCCUUUUCUGUGCUAGGCACUCUGCCAGGCACUGGGCGGGGGGUGGUGGUGGUUUAGGGUUGAAUACCACAUGGUCCCUGCCCUAGAGGAGCUUUCAGUUUAGUGGGAGCAGAGAGAUGUAUUAACAGUAACGGUAGCUGUGAUGCUCUAUUCUUAAGAGGAGAACAGAGCCCAGAGGGACUGAGAAGCUGCCAAAGAGGGAGAAGGUAACCCAGAGUGGGUAGAACUAAUGAAGCUGAGAGGAAGAGAGUUUGGGAAAGGAGUGGUCCAGAGUGACAGAUGCUGCCGAGAAGGUGGGUAGCAGAGCUGAGGUGUUCCCCAGACAAGGCAAUUAGGAUGGCAUUGAUGAUCUCAGAACAGCAGGGAGGGCUGCCCGCCAGGUGGUGAGAUGGUCAUCCUCACCAGCAAAGAGGUGGUGAGGAUGCUGAGAAAUGAAUAUAGCUCUUUCGUUCAGAAGCUGGUCAGGAAGUGAAGAAGAGAUAAGCUACUGAGAGGCAAGCUUCAUAAAGAUGUAGCUUUUAAGAUGGAAAACACUUGAGUAUUUAUUCUCAUCAGGACCAGCUACAUGACUUGUGGAUCCCACUGCACAAUGAAAAUUCGGGUCCUCUUGUUAAAUCAUUAAGAAUUUUUUUUUUUUUGCGGUACGCGGGCCUCUCACUGUUGUGGCCUCUCCCGCUGCGGAGCACAGGCUCCAGAUGCACAGGCUCAGCGGCCAUGGCUCACGGGCCCAGCCGCUCCGCGGCAUGUGGGAUCCUCCCGGACCAGGGCACGAACCUGUGUCCCCUGCAUCGGCAGGUGGACUCUCAACCACUGCGCCACCAGGGAAGCCCUAAAUCAUUAAGAAUUUUAAAACAGCAACAGCAGAGUGUGAAACCAGUGUGGGGCUCUUCUAAGUGCGGGGAUCUAUGUGACUGCCCAAGUUUCAUGCCAGGAAGCCAGUCCUGAUUCUCAGGGGAAGGAGCCCAGGAAGGAAGGAAGAAGGAGGCUAGAUCAGUGACAGAGCAACUGGGAAGAGAGGGACUCAGUGUCCAGAUGGAGGUAGAGCCUUGAGCAAGAGGAAAAUCAGGGCUUUGGUCAUCUUCUGAGAUGGAGGAGGUGUAGGCUGGAGAUGGAAGAUGGAGAGGAGGGAGUGCUGGAAGGGGAGGACUUCACACUGGAGACAUGAUUUUCUUUACUGAAUAAUCUGUAGGUAGAGGAAAGUGGCAGAAGUGUGUGGCAGCCUGAGAGGAGUGGGAGGCCACACUGAGCAGUGCUGAGGAACCUGGGGUGUAUAGGUCAUUGAGAGUGACUAUUGCCAGCAGGCACUUGGCGGAUGGGGAGGGAGCAACCUAGGGACUGACAGGUGAGGCCGGGAAAGUGGUACAGUAAGGAGGCCUCUGAGCUGAUGGGGUGGCAUUCAUGUUGGGACAGAGAUGAGAAAUAGGGCGGCCAGAAAGACUGGAGGGCUCCCUCACUGAGGAGGGGCGAAUGUGGUGGUGAAAAUGGGAGGGUAGGAAGUGGGGGUCAAAGGAAUGGGAUUUUCAGGUUUAGUGUUCUGGCCAAGAGCUGAUGGUGAAGUUGGUGUACUGGCCCGUCUAAAGGACUCAUGCAGAGAGUUGAUUAGCAAAUGCAAGGAGAACUAGAAGUUCUGCUGGAAUGAGCAGGUGUCAUGGAUCAUUGUUAUUUUAAGAACAGGCGUAAGCCUCACGAGUGACUGGGAGGUUCCAUAGAGAGAGAAGGUUAAAGGUGCGGGUGAAGAGGCUAAGUAUGGGAUGAGUGUUUCUUGCCUUGAAGCCAGAAGAAAAGGAGAGAGACAUGUUCUUGAGCCGCCUUGUGAAGACGCGGAUGUGAGAGCGAUUGGGUAUAUUCCAUAAGACCUACUUAAGAUACAGGGAGAACCGCGACCUUGGCCACAGCCUGGUAAUGGAGAAAACCGGGAGUUCUUAUUGGAAACGAAGGGGGUCACCCUUGAGCAGCCAGGAGUCUCGAGGCUCAGGCAGGCCAAGGCGGGCAGGCUGCAAACCUUCCCGGCAAGUCCCUCGGUUGCCAGCGGGUCCCUAGCUCUCUGCCGGCUCCGUGCAAUUCGGUGACCUCGCCGGAAGCGCCCCCCGCGGCCCCACUAGCUCCGUUUAGGGCUUUCGAAGACCUAACUGGCUAAGAGGCCGCAGUCAUGCCGAGGGUCAACCAGGGCGUCAGGCCUGGCGCUGGGGUGUCGAAGCGGAGCCUCGCAGCUCCCCAGGCCUCCCGCCUGGCGCCCCCGGGCUUGUCUCUUAAGAACAGCUACCAGGGUUCGCCGGUUCACCCUCCUCCUUUGUAGUUUCCUUCUCCCCAAGGGAAACCUCCCCCGGAACCCUCGCCAGGGCUCCAGGUGCCUGCCACCACCCCGCUUGCUUGCCGGGGGCCGGCUUCCUCGGCUCCUGGAGCCCAGCUGGGGUUUUCCGAGUCCAGGCAGCGGGAGCCCGGCCGCCGCCGCCUUCAUCUGGAAAGAGUUAAGCCCUCUCCCAGAUGUAUAAGCAGCCAGGGGACGGCUAUGCCCCCGCCCCGCCCCCAUACCCCGGUUCCCCGAGCCCCGAGGGGUGCAGCUCGGCCGGGGCUCCCUCGGUCUCGGGGCGCACGUGCAGCCGGUGGCCCAGGCGGUGUCCGCGCUGCUGGGGUCUGCCCGCCGGGGGUCGGGGGUUCUCCGCCCCGCCGCCGCCGCCAGCGGACUUGGCGCAGGGCAGCGGAUACUGCACGAGCCAUCCUCCCUUUCCUGUUCCACGCGGCGGGUCGCGUGGGUCUCGGCGGCAGCCGGGCGGGCACAAGGGGGACGCCGGAGGGGAGGAGCCGGAGAGCGAGAGGAAGGAGGGGGCCCGCCGGCCCCGCCCCCGCCCCGCCCCCGCCCCGCCCCCUGCGGCCGGAGCCUGUGAGCCCGCGAGCCAGCGAGCUGCGGCCGCGGCCUCCACAGCUCGCGGUGACCCCGGCGUCCCGGUCCGCGGCCCCGCAGAUCCCGGGGCCCGCGCCCCCGCGGGGCAGGGAUGCAUCAUGGCCACGCUGGCUUGCCGGGUGCAGUUCUUGGACGAUACGGACCCUUUCAACAGCACCAACUUCCCCGAGCCCAGCCGGCCGCCGCUGUUCACGUUCCGCGAGGACCUCGCGCUCGGUACCCAGCUGGCCGGGGUCCACCGGCUGCUGCGGGCGCCACACAAGCUAGAUGACUGCACGCUGCAGCUCUCCCACAACGGCACCUACCUGGACUUGGAGGCCACCCUGGCCGAGCAACGGGACGAGUUAGAAGGCUUCCAGGAUGACACUGGGCGGGGCAAGAAGCACAGCAUCAUCCUAAGGACACAGCUGUCCGUGAGGGUCCACGCCUGCAUCGAAAAACUGUACAACUCCGGUGGACGAGAUUUAAGAAGGGCCCUUUUCUCCCUGAAGCAGAUAUUUCAGGAUGACAAGGAUUUGGUGCAUGAAUUUGUAGUGGCUGAAGGUCUGACGUGUUUGAUCAAGGUGGGAGCUGAGGCAGAUCAGAACUAUCAGAACUACAUUCUGAGGGCUUUGGGCCAGAUUAUGUUGUAUGUGGAUGGGAUGAAUGGAGUAAUAAACCACAAUGAAACCAUUCAGUGGCUGUACACGCUCAUUGGGUCAAAGUUCCGCCUGGUGGUGAAGACGGCCCUGAAGCUGCUGCUGGUGUUUGUGGAGUACUCGGAGUCCAAUGCACCUCUUCUGAUUCAGGCCGUCUCUGCUGUCGACACAAAAAGGGGAGUCAAACCUUGGUCAAAUAUCAUGGAAAUCCUGGAGGAAAAGGAUGGGGUCGACACGGAGUUGCUGGUUUAUGCAAUGACUUUAGUGAACAAGACCUUGUCAGGAUUGCCAGACCAAGACACCUUCUACGAUGUGGUGGACUGCCUGGAGGAGCUGGGCAUUGCAGCUGUGUCCCAGCGGCACUUGACCAAGAAAGGGACUGACCUGGACUUAGUGGAGCAGUUGAACAUCUAUGAGGUGGCACUCAGGCUCGAGGAUGGCGACGAGACGGCUGAACCACCCCCCAGCGGGUGCCGGGACCGGAGGAGGGCCAGUGUGUGUUCCGGCACGGGCAGCGAGCACCAGGGCCUGGACCGCAGGCGGAGCCGCAGGCACUCGGUGCAGAACAUCAAGAGUCCUCUGUCGCCUCCGUCCAGCCCCUGCUCCCCAUCGGCUCCCGACCUCAAGGCCAGUCAAGUGCGAGAUCUCCGUGAAAAUUCCUCUGAUUCUCUCCAUCCGAGCACGUAUUCUGCCUCCGAGCCUUACAACUUCCGGUCUUUCUCUUCCAAUAGAUAUAGCAACUUUGGCAACAACUCUCAUCACUCCUCGAGGCCUUCGUCUGGAUCCAAUGUGCCCAUCACCGUCACGUCACCUCUUUCACCUCAACAGGAGCCCGGGCUGGAAAGGUCAUCACUGAGUGGUCUUCUCACGUCAUCCUUUAGGCAGCACCAAGAGUCCCUGGCGGCAGAGAGAGAGAGGCGGCGACAGGAGAGAGAAGAAAGGUUGCAGAGAAUAGAACGGGAGGAAAGAAACAAAUUCAGCCGAGAAUAUUUAGACAAAAGAGAAGAGCAAAGACAAGCAAGAGAAGAAAGAUACAAAUACUUGGAGCAGUUGGCAGCUGAGGCGCAUGAGAAGGAACUGAGAAGCCGAAGUGUGAGCCGGGGCAGAGCUGACCUCUCCUUGGACCUGACCUCACCGGCAGCCCCUGCCUCACCCACCCGCCUGAGCCGUUGCCCUUCAUCUCUAGACUCGCAAGAGGCUCUCACGGUGUCAUCUUCCUCCCCAGGAACAGCUCAGCAUCCCCAAGCGAGCACCGGGGAUCCUGAGCCCGAACCAGAGGCAGAAGCAGAGGCAGAGGCAGAGGCGGGACGGGUGGCCGAUGAGGCCAGCCGGGAACUAGCCCCUGCCCACGUGGGAGCAGAGAGCGAGGUGGAGCGGGCCCUGGAGCCAGAGGCUGAAGAGCGAGCCUCCCUGAGCGAGAAGGAGCAACAGAAUGAGGCAGUGAACGAGCGGGACAACUGCUCGGCCUCCAGCGUCUCGUCCUCCAGCAGCACGUUGGAGAGGGAGGACAAGGAGGACAAGCUCUCUCGGGACAGGGGGACCGGUUUGUGGUCUGCGGGUGUUCAGGAUGCCGGUGUAAAUGAGCAGUGUGGCGACAUCCUUACCAGCAAACGGUUCAUGCUGGACAUGCUGUAUGCCCAUAACAGAAAGCCCACGGAUGAUGAGAAGGGGGAGGGCGAGACCACGAGGACUGCGCAGGGGGCGGAGGCCGUAGCCAGCCUGGCCAGCCGGAUAUCCACCUUGCAGGCCAACUCUCUGGCCCAGGAUGAGAGCGUCAGGAGGGUGGACGUUGGCUGUCUGGACAAUCGGGGCAGCGUGAAAGCCUUUGCUGAGAAAUUCAACAGCGGGGACCUAGGGAGAGGGUCCGUCUCCCCUGAUGCCGAGCCCAAUGACAAGGUCACGGAGAAGGUGUCGGCACAGCCCAAGACGGAAUCUGACUACAUCUGGGACCAGCUCAUGGCCAAUCCGCGGGAGCUCAGAAUCCAAGACAUGGAUUUCACUGACCUGGGGGAGGAGGAUGACAUUGACGUCCUGGACGUGGACCUGGGUCACAGGGAGGCCCCGGGGCUGCCUCCCCCACCCCCGCCCACCUUUCUCGGUUUGCCGCCCCCUCCCCCUCCACCCCUGCUGGACGGCGUGCCUCCCCCUCCAGUCCCCGGUAAUUUAUUGGCUCCUCCUCCAGUAUUCAGUGCUCCUCCUCAGGGCUUAGGGUGGCCCCAGGUACCCAGGGGUCAACCAGCAUUCACCAAGAAAAAGAAGACCAUCCGUCUGUUCUGGAAUGAAGUGCGGCCUUUUGAGUGGCCGUGUAAGAAGAACGGCCGCUGCAGAGAAUUCCUGUGGUCGAAACUGGAACCUAUUAAGGUGGACACUUCCAAGCUGGAGCACCUGUUUGAGUCUAAAUCGAAGGAACUGGCUGUCUCCAAGAAAACUGCUGCAGAUGGAAAAAAGCAGGAGAUCAUCGUCCUGGAUUCCAAGAGGAGCAAUGCUAUUAAUAUCGGUCUGACGGUACUGCCCCCUCCAAGAACGAUUAAGAUAGCCAUUUUGAAUUUUGAUGAAUAUGCCUUAAACAAAGAAGGGAUUGAGAAAAUUCUAACCAUGAUUCCCACUGAAGAAGAGAAGCAGAAAAUCCAGGAAGCGCAGCUGGCCAACCCUGAGGUGCCCCUGGGCAGUGCAGAGCAGUUCCUCCUUACACUGUGCUCCAUCAGCGAGCUCUCAGCUCGGCUCCACCUCUGGGCGUUCAAAAUGGAUUAUGAAACUACAGAAAAGGAAGUGGCAGAACCACUUUUGGACCUGAAGGAAGGAAUAGACCAGUUGGAGAACAAUAAAACCUUGGGCUUUAUCCUGUCUACUCUCUUAGCCAUUGGGAACUUUCUAAAUGGAACUAAUGCCAAAGCGUUUGAGUUAAGCUACCUCGAGAAGGUUCCAGAAGUCAAAGACACCGUGCACAAGCAGUCACUUCUCCACCACGUGUGCACCAUGGUGGUGGAAAACUUCCCGGACAGCUCUGAUCUGUACUCAGAGAUUGGGGCCGUCACCAGGUCAGCCAAGGUUGACUUUGAUCAACUUCAGGAUAAUUUAUGUCAGAUGGAGAGACGAUGCAAAGCUUCAUGGGAUCACCUCAAGGCAAUUGCAAAACAUGAAAUGAAACCAGUUUUAAAACAACGAAUGUCAGAGUUCCUAAAAGACUGUGCAGAGAGAAUUAUAAUUUUAAAGAUUGUCCAUAGAAGAAUAAUUAACAGGUUCCACUCCUUUCUGCUCUUUAUGGGUCACCCACCUUAUGCGAUUCGGGAAGUGAACAUAAACAAGUUCUGUAGGAUCAUCAGUGAGUUUGCACUGGAGUAUCGCACCACCAGGGAAAGAGUUUUGCAGCAGAAACAGAAACGGGCCAACCACAGAGAAAGAAAUAAGACCCGAGGGAAGAUGAUCACUGAUACUGAUGAAGAGGAUGAAGUUGAGUCUGGCAAGUUCUCCAGCGGUUCCCCGGCGCCCCCGAGCCAGCCCCAAGGCCUGAGCUAUGCCGAGGAUGCGGCUGAGCAUGAGAACAUGAAGGCUGUGCUGAAAACCUCGUCCCCUGCCUUGGAGGAUGCCACCCCCGUGCUGGGCGUCCGCACACGCAGCCGAGCAAGCCGAGGAUCCACUAGUUCGUGGACCAUGGGAAUGGAUGACUCGCCUAAUGUCACGGAUGAUGCAGCUGAUGAGAUCAUGGACCGCAUCGUCAAGUCAGCCACCCAAGUGCCCAGUCAGCGAGUGGUGCCGCGGGAGAGGAAGCGCUCCCGGGCCAACCGGAAGUCUCUGCGGAGGACCCUGAAGAGCGGCCUGACUCCGGAAGAAGCCAGAGCCCUGGGCCUGGUGGGCACCUCAGAGCUGCAGCUGUGACCCCCUGGUGCCCUAAGGUGUGUGCCCGUGCAGAGUGCAAGCUCCUGCUGGAAGGAACCCCUCCGGUGGGAGGUGAGGAGACUCUGACACCCAAAGGUUCUGAAAGGGGUGCCCAUGCCUAGGUGUCACCGAGUGACUUGCGUAGCCCGCUGUGCACUGACAUGGAUCUUGGAGUCCCCUUCACAGACUUUCUUCAUCAUGUCAGCUGUGUUUCUCUUGUUUCCUUGACACCUGGCUUAGUAGUUCCAAAGCGUGACACCUUUUCUGUGCAAGGAACAGCCCUUUUAAGGAGCAAAUCACUUCUGUCACAGUUACUAUGGUCAUGAGGCAGUUUGAUUAGGUUCACAGACUGGGUCUCUCCCUAACACCAGAAUAUCCAGAUGUAAACUCCGAAAUUGUACACAAAAGAAAACACAGGUUGUCUACCAGUUGUGGAUUUUAGAUGUACUAAAUGUUUAUACAAAUUCAGAAAUGUACACCAUGUUUCAAAUACUAAAUAAAUAGAGUUUAAUGCCAUAACUGGAAAUUUUCAUUCUCCUGGUGCAGGACUUUAAACGCCUCCAUAGGCUAGCCCCCUUCUGAAUCAGCAAAACCUUUUCUCGGGUUCAUCAGAAGGACCGUGGCUCGGAAUGGCCUCCAGGCCCUUUGGGUUUCCUUUUUUUUUGUUGUUAAUUGAGUGAGAAGCACUGACAUGUGCUCUUUGUAACUCCAGAUUAAUUAGGCAUCAAUCUUUGUGGCAGUACAAGUUAGCAAUAACCUCACGUGUAUUGCCUUACCCGUGUGCUUUGUUUUUGCUCCUUCGUGAUGUAGAAACAAAAAUUAGAGUAGCAUUUUAAAAAUCUGAACUGUUCUGUAACUCAUCCACUUGCUUGUUAUGUAAAAAUUCAUUUUCUCAAAAAAAUUUACUAAGUCACCAAAACAAAAUGAAAAUUUAAAGCUUUGCCUACAGAGAACUUCAGAAGUGUUGUCCUGGGCACUCAGGUGCAGGUCAUCAGCAGCUCAGGUGUCCAGAGGGCAAGGCGCUGUGAGGAGCUCUCAGCAACCGCAGAGCCACGCUGAGAGGCCUGAUGCCCAGGUGGUGGCCAAGCCCUCCACAGAGACCCUCAGCCCAGGGUCACAUGGCUCCCUGUGAAGAAACUCUGCCUCUGAAAAUAGGGAAGGGUCAACAAUUGCAGCAGGUAUUCAAUGGGGGCAGUGCCAAAAGAUCAUCAGGUCACCAAUUCUAUCUGUGCCUUUUAAAAAAUUAAUUAAUUAAUUAAUUUUUUGGCCGCGUUGGGUCUUCGUUGCUGUCCGCGGGCUUUCUCUAGUUGCAGCGAGUGGGGGCUGCUAUUCGUUGCGGUGCGCGGGCUUCUCAUUGUGGUGGCUUCUCUUGUUGUGGAGCACGGGCUCUAGGCAUGCGAACUUAAGUAGUUGUGGCACUCAGGCUCAGUAGUUGUGGCUCGUGGGCUCUAGAGCGCAGGCUCAGUAGUUGUGGCACACGGGCUUAGUUGCUCCGUGGCAUGUGGGAUCUUCCCGGACCAGGGCUCGAACCUGUGUGCCUUGCAUUGGCAGGCAGAUUCUUAACCACCAUGCCACCAGGGAAGUCCCCUGUGCCUCACUUUCAAAACCUCUGUGACUGUGCAUUCCUGAAUCUGGGCAAAUGUGAUUUAGAGACAGGAUGCAGUCCUGUAGUCUAAAGAGCUGAAGAUAAUAUAUUCACCCCACAGGCUUCUGUGACUGUUCCCCCCCCACCCCAUCUUCUGCAUCUCCACUAUCAGGGAGACAGGGAGCUCUUUCAAGCGGGCAUUUGUCAAAUAAUACAUGAUGCAUGUGAGCCCCCCAGUCUGGAACCUACAAGAGUUAGGUCUGUAUAUUCCAGACAGUUGAGUUUAUUUAAUCACUUUAUUGAAAAGGGUGCAUAGAGUAUCAAUGUUUAUUUCCUUAUGGUUCUAAAUAACGUAUAAUAUUCUGCAUGUGGUUUAGUGGUUUAUGAGAGCCUCGGCACUGAAUAUGAACAUGGAAUAUCUGUAUCACUGGGGAUUGUGAUGGGCAAACAGAAGGAAGACGCAUUUUUUUUUUUUCACCAUUUAGUGAACAAAUACUUUGAUGCCCUUCCGGGGGCCCCUGGUGUUCUGCUGAGAGUUACUGCUUUAGAAUAAAAGGUCACAUUUGGAUGGAAGUGACUGAAUAAAUCUAAUGUUAAUUUUAUUUUAGGGAUUAAAAAAUUCUUAGAGGGAGUAAGCUAGGUCAACUAAUUUCUUGGUUACAGCUAGGUAAAGCGUGUCUCUUUUUAUUGGGAAUUGGUUUAGUAGUUUUUAGUGAAUCUGAAGGAUUUUUUUCUAUUGCUCACUUCCUCUCUCCUUGUCGCCACUCAUUCUGGCUGCCUCUAUUAGUGUUUUUAAUUCAAGAGGUUAAAUUUCUCUAAAAGACUUUUGAGAAGCAUUAAAGUGAAUGAUACUUCACACUUGUGAGACGCUGUUGCUAAUUGUGCUGGUCAGCACCAUAUAUAUUCUUGUGUCUAUUUCUUAAUCUGGGUUGAAAUUACAAAACUGCUGGUAAAGAAAGGCAAAUACUUUAAAGAUGCCUGGGUUUUGGUUUCUUUGGAGUCUUAAGGUUUUUACUUUCUAUUUAAAAAAUAACACUGAGGGAUUUGGGGGUGAAGGGGAGGGUGCACAAAGAUAUACCAUGCUUAUGGAUUGGAAGAAUACUGUUAAAACAACUAUACUACUCACAACAAUCUACAGAUUCAUUGCAAUCCCUAUCAAAAUAACAAUGGCAUUUUUCACAGCAGUAAAAAAAAUAAUUCUAAAAUUUGUAUGGAAACACAAAAGACACUGAAUAGCUAAAACAAUCAUGAGAAAGAAGAACAAAGUUGGAAGUAUCACAUGCCCUGAUUUCAAACUAUACUGCAAAGCUACAGUCAUCAAAACAGUAUGGUACUGGCACAAAAACAGACACAUAGAUCAAUGGAACAGAAAAGAGAGCCCAGAAAUGCCACACUUAUAUUGUCAUAAUUAAUCUACAACAAAGGAGGCAUGAAUAUACAAUGGGGAAAAUAUAGCAUUUUAAAUUAAUAGUGUUGGGAAAAUUGGACAGCUACAUGCAAAAUAAUCAACCUGGACUACUCUCACACCAUGCACAAAAAUAAAUUCAAAAUGGAUUAAAGAUUUAAAUGUAAGACCUGAAACCAUAAAACUUCUAGAAGAAAACAGGCAGUAUGGUCUUUGACUUUUUUUUUUUUUUUUUGUGCUCAGGCAAGGGAAACAGAAUAAACAAAUGGGACUACAUCAAACUAAAAAGCUUUUGCACAGGGAGAGAAACUAUGAACAAAAUGAAAAGACCACCUACUGAGUGUGGGAAGACAUUUGCAAACAAUAUACCUGAUAAGGGAUUAAUAUCCAAAAUAUCCAAAGAGCUCCUGCAGCUCAACAAUAAAAAAAAAAAAAAAAAAAAAAAACCUGAUUAAAAAAUGGGCAGAGGGGACCUCCAUGGUUGUCCAGUGGCUAGGACUCCAUGCUUCCAAUGCAGGGGGUGCAGGUUCGAUCCCUGGUUGGGGAGCUAAGAUCCCACAAGCUGCAUGGCAUGGCCAAAAAUAAAUAACAGUUUAAAAACAUGGGCAGAGGACCUGAAUAGACAUUUUUCCAAAGAAGACAUACAAAUGGUCAAUAGGCACCUGAAAAGAUGCUCAACAUCACUAAUCAUCAGACAAGUGCAAAUCAAAACUACAAUGAGAUAUCAUCUCAUACCUGUCAGGAUAACUAUUAAAAAAAAGACAACAGGGGCUUCCCUGGUGGCGCAGUGGUUGAGAGUCCUCCUGCCGAUGCAGGGGACACGGGUUAGUGACCCGGUCUGGGAAGAUCCCACAUGCCGCAGAGAGGCUGGGCCUGCGAGCCAUGGCCGCUGAGCCUGCGCGUCCGGAGCCUGUGCUCCGCAACGGGAGAGGCCACAACAGUGAGAGGCCCGCAUACCGCAAAAAAAAAAAAAAAAAAAAAAAAAAAAGA